GCUACAUGAUGAGUGCUGCUAAAAAUCAGACAACAAUGGAGGACAAACUUGGGGCCCUGCAGUGCCACUUCACCUGGGACCUGGACCCCAGCAGGUCCAAACUGUUCUGUCUCAGGGACAAACUGGAUGACAUUGGCACUGAGGAGGGAAACAGCUGGCUGGGUCACAUUUACAAUCUGCAGGGGUACAUUCACUACCAGUUGGGCUUCACUGAAGAUGCCCAGUGUUUCUUCAGCAGGGCUGCAGAGGCCUUCCGCCUGAUAAGAAGAUCAGAUGAAGGUCCCUGGUUGGUGGUGAACUAUGGAAACCUGGCUUGGUGGCACCACCAGCUAGAAGAACAUGCAGAGAGUCAGACUUACCUGUCAAAGGUCGACACCCUGCUGAAAGAAUACCCAUCUCCAUCAGAGGAUGAGCUCCAUCCAGAGAUCUACGCUGAAAAAGCCUGGACCCUGAUAAACUUUGGCAAACCACACCUGGCUACAGAUUACUUCCAGAGAGCCAUCAGGAUGCAGCCGGACAUGGUGGAAUGGCACACCAGUCAUGCCAUAGCGUUAGUGAAUGUUUAUGGGCACCCUGACGAAGAACUGAAGAUAGACAAAAUGAAAAUUGCCAAAGAAAACGAUCCAGACAACUUGUACCUUGCUGCGCUGUACCUUCAGCAAUGUGCAAAGACAGGAAGAAACAUUAAAGAUGAAGUAUGUGAGUUGGCCAAAGAGGUUUUGAAAAAGCCACCAAGCAGCUACAGUGGUAUAAGACCAUUACUAAGGCUGUACAGAAUUCAUAUAUCUAUGGAUGAGGCCAUUGAUUUGGCAGAGAAGGCUCUGAAAAGACAUCCAGAUGAACGUCAUCUGAAGUAUUCUGCUGCAAUCUGCUACAAAUGGAGGGUUUACUCAAACAAGCACAAACCCCUGGAGCAAGAAAAGAUAGACCGAGCAAUCAGUCUCCAUAAAGAAGUGAUCUCUCUUUACCCUGAUUCUUCACUUAAAGUAAAAAUAGCUCUAGCAAACAUACACGCACGGUCAAAUCACGGCCAAGCUGAAGCUGACAAGAUCUACCAGGAACUGCUAGCAAGUGAUCUGGAACCUGCAGGCAGACAGAUGCUUUACAACUUCUAUGCCUAUCAUUUGUACUUCAUUCGAAAGGAAAGCCAAAAGUCAAUAGAAUAUCACAUGAAGGCAGCAGAGAUACCACAUCAGUCUCGCUAUCGUAAGAGCAGCAUCAGAGAGCUGACGAAGAUUAAAGAAAGAAGAAGACACUACAGGUGGAGACAAAUUGAAGAGUUUCUUGCUAACCUGCAGGACUAA